AAAAAUUGCUGUGGUUUGAACUCAGCAUGGCUGUAGUCAUCCGUUUAAAGGGGCUUCCUUUUAUUGCGGGGCCUGUGGAUAUUCGUCGCUUCUUCACGGGAUUGACUAUUCUUGAUGGAGGAGUACAUAUAAUUGGAGGGAAAAUAGGGGAGGCUUUUAUUAUUUUCGCAACAGAUGAAGAUGCAAGACGUGCCAUAAGUCGCUCUGGAGGGCUUAUCUUAAAUUCAUCUGUAGAGCUUUUUCUUAGUAGUAAGGCAGAAAUGCAAAGGAUUAUAGGAAUAGAGCCACCAGGAUCUGAAGCCUUGGGGGUUGGCAGCUUUUCGAAUUUCAUUGAGGAUAUUAAGAAGCAAGCAAGGAACUCUGAAUAUGGCUCUCUGAUUGCUCAAGAUGCUGAGUUUCCUACUAAUGGAACAGAAUGUGGUGAUUUAGAGCCAAGAAAGACACGGCCGUCAAAAGCUGAGAGUCCUUACUUGUUUCUCCGGGGCUUGCCUUACUUAGUAAAUGAAGAUGAUGUUCGUGUUUUUUUCUCUGGCUUGUGGGUGGAUGGAGUCAUUUUCUUAAAACAUCAUGAUGGUCGAAAUAACGGUGAUGCCAUAGUAAAAUUUGCUUCCUGUGUCGAUGCUUCAGGUGGUCUUAAGCGUCACAGGAAUUUUAUGGGCUCAAGAUUUAUAGAAGUAAUGCAAGGCUCAGAAGAGCAAUGGAUUGAAUUUGGUGGUAAUGCCAUUAAUGAAGGUAACAUUUCUGUGAGAACUGAUGAGCACUCUCCACCAAGAGAAAUCAAUGAUAGACAUUCUCGAAGACGAUCUCUUUCAAAGUCUCCCAGAAGAACACGUCCUCUUUCUCCUCAUGGAUAUUAUGUCCAAUUAAAAAACCUGUCCCUCACUGUUAACAAAAAAGAUUUGAGAAAUUUCUUUAGAGAUACGGAUCUGGCUAAUGAACAGAUAAAGUUUUUAUAUAAAGAUGACAGAAGAACAAGGAAUGCCGUUGUGAUGUUCAAGACUCUGAGAGACUAUAAUACCGCUCGAGGUUUACAUAAGACUGUUUUACAGUAUCGUCCGGUUCAUAUUGAUCCAGUAUCUAGAAAAGAUAUGUUGAAGUUAAUUAAAUAUUAUGAAAAGCAAAGGCCGGUGUCAGUAGAGAAAAAGAGGCUUGGGUCUGUAUCACAAAAAUCUCAAGAAGGCUAUUCUGGCCAGAAACUCUGCAUAUAUAUAAGAAAUUUUCCAUUUGAUGUCACAAAAAUUGAAGUGCAGAAGUUCUUUGCAGACUUUCUUCUUGCUGAGGAUGAUAUUUACUUGCUUUAUGAUGACAAGGGAGUUGGUCUGGGAGAAGCAUUGGUGAGAUUCAAGUCAGAAGAACAGGCCAUGAGAGCUGAACUAAGUUUAAACCGGCGAAGAUUCUUGGGGACAGAGGUAUUACUGAGACUUAUCUCCGAAGCACAAAUGCAGGAAUUCGGUGUAAAUUUUCCAGUGACGUUCAGUGAAAGAAUUCAAGAGAAUUCUCAGUCAUGUGAUAGAGAUGACCAUUUCCAUUCGUUUGAGUCCAAUGAUCCACCCAUGUACUCAGUUGACCGUUUGGAAAACUGGCGACGUCAUGAGGAUUUAAAGCAACCAGACAAUUUCAGACAUCCGCAGAAGGAUUCCAGGCAGCUUGAUAGGCACCUUCCCAGAGACUUUCAGCAUUCCUCCGAGGACUUCAGAUAUUCUCCAGAAGAAUUUAGGCCCCCUCGGGAAGAACACUUAGGAAGAUCUCCUGAGGACCUCAGGCACCCUUGGGAGGAUUUCAGACACUCACAGGAAGAGGGCUUCAGGCACCAACGGGUGGAGGACUGGAGGCAACCAUCAGAGGAAGAUUUUAGACAACCCUCUGAGGAGGAUUCCAGGAGGCCUGCUGAGGGAAACUUCAGGCGGCUACCGGAGGAUUCAAGGCAACUUCCUACGAAGAAUUUUAGGCAGCUUGAUGAGGAUUUCAGACAUUCUCCUGAAGAGGAUUUCAGUAGUUAUCCUAAGGAACACUUCAGGCAACCACCUCAAGAACACUUUAGGCGGCGACCAUCACCAGAACAUUUCAGGAAGACAUCCAAGGAGUAUUUUCACAAUCCUCCCCAGGAACAUUUCAGGCGGUCCCCUCAGGAGCAUAGCAGGCAGUCUCCCCGGGAGCAUUACAGGCGGACUCCCCAGGAGCAUGGCAGGCGGUCCCCCCAGGAGCAUGGCAGGCGGUCCCCCCAGGAGCAUGGCAGGCGGUCUCCCCAGGAGCAUUACAGGCGGUCUUCCCAGGAGUAUUACAGGCAGUCUCCCCAGGAGCAUUGCAGGCGGUCUCCCCAGGAGAACUUUCGGAGACCAUCUCAGGAGCCUUUCAGACGACUGCCACAGGAGCAUUUCAGGCGACCACCUCAGGAGCAUUUCAAGCGACCACCUCCGGAGCAUUUCAGGCGACCGCCUCAAGAGCAUUUUAAGCGUUCCCGAGAGGAAGAUUUCAGGCACCUGUCAGAUGAAGACUUUAGGGGGCCUCCUGAUGGAGAUUUCAGGCAUACUCCUGAUAGGCACUUCAGGAGCUCCCAGGAGGAAGAUUUUAGAUGCCCUUCGGAUGAGGACUUCCAGUGGCUGCCUGAGGAAGAUGUCCGGGAAGCUCCAGAGGACUCUAGACUUUCUGAUCAUUUCAGACCACCUGUAAAGAAGAGGGGCCCACCUGACGGUUUUAGGAGUCAUCGUACUGUUGUAAAUUUUGGCCGUCCAGAAAGUGACAAGUAUGACUCUGGAAAGCGUAAUGUAGGACGUUUUUCUGAGGAGAGAUUUGUUCCCGAUCCAAAUUCAAAUCGUAGUGCAGCCAGGAUAACGCCUAUUAAAAUUAUGAAUCUUCCAUUUAAAGCCAGUGUUAAUGAAAUUCUAGGUUUUUUCCAUGGUUAUCGAGUCGUAAAUGACUCAGUUUCAAUACAAUAUAAUGACCAAGGAUUACCUACAGGGGAAGCCCUUGUUUCUAUGAUCAACUAUAAUGAAGCUGUGGCUGCUAUUAAAGAUCUUAAUGAUAGGCCAGUGGGCCCCCGCAAAGUUAAGUUAAUUUUGAUCUAAAGAAAACCUCCAGUUCAGAAUU